UUGAAGGGAGCUGUCUAGUUUGAGCCGUAGCGGCGGCCGUCGUGGUGGCGGUGGUGCCUUUUUGAUAGUUGUAUAUAGGAGGACUCUAAUGGAGACUGUCUAGACGUAUUACAUACUACGCUACCUUGAGUGAUUCGCCUAAGGACUAAAAGGAAGGAAGUUGACAGCCGGCAAAGUUUAAUGCUCCACUUAGAAUGGAUGAAACAAUCAUGGAAGUGGAGGUUGCGGAGAAGCGGCAAUGUACAAGUACUAGCAGUAGUUGGCAGCUCAAAAGGGGUCCCUAUUUGGGAGAAGUCUCGGCCCUCUGUUUUCUCCACCUUCCCUCCACCAACGCCGCCCACCUUUCUCCUCCUCUUCCUUUACUUUUAGCUGGUACUGGUUCCGAAAUCCUUGUUUAUGACUUGUCCUCUGCACACAUCCUUGCAUCUUUCCAAGUCUUCGACGGCACUCGCGUCCACGGUAUAACUUUGGACCCCCACCACAACCCCAAUCACUCCCAUGAUGCUUUCUUCAACCUUGCUGUCUAUGGGGAGAGAAGAGUCAAAUUCUACAGCUUGCAAAUCACCAAUGCCCGACUUCCUCAACUACAUAAACAACCUCCUCCUCGUCCUCCUGCUGCUGCUGCUUCUUCUUGUCAUCUGCAACCAACUCUCCUUCAUUCCCUCCCUAAAUUCGCCCACUGGGUUCUCGAUGUUUGCUUCUUGAACAAGAAUGCUGCUACUUCCUCAAAUCAAGGGGGCUAUUGGCUUGCCAUUGGUUGCACUGACAACUCUGUAUGGUUUUGGGACAUUUUCGCCUACACUCUUGUUUCCCAAGUUACGUGCCCAGAUAGAUGUUUGUUGUACUCAAUGCGGAUGUGGGGCAGUGAUGUUGAAUCUUUGCGUGUUGCUUCUGGUACCAUUUAUAACGAGAUUAUUGUGUGGAAGUUGGACUUUCAGAAUCAUUCUCCAGUUGUAAGUAGUCCUGCAGAAGACCAGACACAUUCUGUGAUGGACAAGGGUGUCCAGAUUUGUGGUCAGCUAUAUCAAGCUGUUAAUAUAUGCAGACUGACUGGGCAUGAAGGUUCAAUUUUUCGCAUUGCUUGGCUGCCUGGUGGAUCAAAAUUGUUGUCUGUCUCAGAUGAUCGUAGUGCUCGUGUUUGGUUAGUUAAUGACAGAGGAGAUGGUUUCUGUGGUGCUCAGGAAGUUGCAGAUUAUUUUGUUGGUCUUGUCUUAUUUGGUCACAGUGCUCGAGUGUGGGACUGCUGUAUAUUCGACAAUUUGAUUGUCACUGCUGGUGAGGAUUGUACAUGUCGUGUCUGGGGACCGGAUGGUAUACAACUUAAAGUAAUCAAGGAACACAUUGGAAGAGGAGUGUGGCGAUGCUUGUAUGAUCCAAUCUCUUCACUUAUUAUUACUGCCGGAUUUGAUUCUUCAUUAAAGGUUUAUCAGAUGCAUGCAUCUUCUUCUGAGAGUCCAAAGGGACGCACCUGUUGCCGAGAAGAUUUCAUUGACAGAAAGGAGCUCUUUUCUUUUCUUGUUCCCAACUCUUCAGGACAUAUUGGUCUUAUGGACAGCAAAAGUGAAUAUGUGCGUUGUUUGCAUUUCUCUCGUGAAGACUCCCUUUAUGUUGCCACUAACAAUGGUUAUUUGCAUCAUAUACUAUUUAAUACUGGGGAGGUAAAAUGGACUGAACUUGUCAGUGGCGAUGAGGGGGCACCAAUAAUAUGUAUGGACUUGUUAUCCAAUAGGUCCAGCCUUCAUGGUGGUGUUGAAGAUUGGGUUGCUGUAGGAAAUGGUAAAGGAAGCAUGAGGAUUGUUCAUGUUGUUGGUGAUAUCAGGAGUCCCAAAGUUGAGCAUACUUUUGUUUGGUCUGCCGAGAUAGAGAGACAACUCUUGGGAACUUAUUGGUGCAAAUCAUUAGGCUUCAGGUUCAUCUUCACUGCUGAUCCCAGUGGAACAUUAAAGCUAUGGAGGCUCUGUGAUAGCUUCUCCUCAAUCUCUCACAGCAUUAAAAGAACUGAGAAUGCGUGCUUAAUAGCAACAUACAUUUCAUGCUUUUGUUCACGGAUAAUGUGUCUGGAUGCCUCUUCUGAGGAUGAGGUGCUAGUUUGUGGGGACAUCCGUGGUAAUAUCUUAUUAUAUCCUUUAUCGAAGAGCACAUUAUUUGGCCCAUCUGUUUCUUCAGAAGCAAAAAAAUCGCCCAUGAGUUACUUCAAAGGAGCUCAUGGAAUAUCAACUGUGUGCAGCAUCUCAAUUACUACUAAUUCUGGCCAAGUUGAUAUUUGUACGACUGGACAAGAUGGGUGCAUAUGCUACUUGGAAUACGACAAAACUUUCCUUGGUUUGGAAUUUAUAGGGAUGAAAUCACUGAAAGAAUUAAGUGCAGUCCGAUCUGUCUCCAAGAGUGGUAAUUCUAAUCAUCAUCUGGAGGGGGAGGACUAUGCAAUAGGUUUUGCAUCAUCAGAUUUUAUUAUAUGGAACUUAACAGCUCAGACAAAGGUUGUAAAAGUUGCAUGUGGGGGAUGGCGCCGUCCUCAUUCAUAUUAUAUUGGUGACAUUCCCGAGACAAACAAUUGCUUUGCAUUUGUAAAGAAUGAUAUGAUCUGUAUACAUAGACACUGGGUGCCUCAGAAUGAGAGUGAAUUGUAUCCUCGAAAUCUGCAUUUACAGUUUCAUGGGAGGGAAAUACAUUCUGUGUGCUUUAUUGCUGGAGAGUCAGAUUAUGGGUCAGAUAUAAGGAGCGGAAUGUUAUCCACAACUGAUUGGAUUGCUACCGGUUGCGAAGAUGGAACUGUGCGAUUGACUAGGUAUGAGCCAGGUUUCAAGAAUUGGUCAACUUCAAAACUGCUCGGUGAACAUGUUGGUGGAUCAGCUGUGAGGUCACUAUGUUGCGUCUCAAGGACGCAUAAAAUUUUGCUUGAUUUGACUAACAUGCCUAUUAAGGAACUUAGGCUAGAUGAGGCAGUAGAAGAUCCAGAAGAUCCAUGUUUAUUAAUUUCAGUUGGUGCAAAAAGAGUUCUAACAGUUUGGAAACGAAAAUCUAGGACAAGAAACAAGAGAGAAGCCUUGUGUGGCGAGCCAGAAAAUAGAGAUGAGAAUGGAUUGCAUGGUUCAUCACCAUCUGCAAUAUCAUCUCUUUCAUUUCAUUGGCUUUCCACUGAUAUGCCAACAAAAGAUAGAAAUCAUGAAAGAAAGCAAAACAUAGAAAAUGUUAAAGAAUCUACUCGAAAUGCUUGUAUUACAAGCAAAAUUGCAACAUCUGGUGCAUUGAACUUUUAUAAUCAUGGGAAGAGGGCUUCAGUAGGUGGCAUUGGAGAUAAAUCUGAGGAUGAUUGGAGGUACCUUGCAGUUACAGCAUUUCUUGUUAAAGUUGCUGACUCCAGGAUUUCUGUCUGUUUCGUCGUGGUGGCUUCUUCAGAUGCCACAGUUACGUUACGAGCUCUAUUAUUACCUUGUCGAAUUUGGUUCGACGUUGUUAUACUAAGUACCUUGUCACCAGUUUUAGCUUUGCAGCACAUCAUAGUCUCUAAAAAUCUGCCAUUUGAUGACAACCGUUUCAUUGGAAGUCUGUAUAUGGUAAUAAGUGGAUCUACUGAUGGAAGUAUCGCCUUCUGGGAUUUGACUAAAGAUGUUGAAGAUUUUAUGCACCAGGUAUCAUCCCUGCAAAUAAAAGACUACAUUGAUUGCCAGAGAAGGCCACGCACUGGUAGAGGAAGCCAAGGUGGACGAUGGUGGCGGGGCUUAGGCAGUCAUGUUUUGAAGAAGAAACCUGGUGAUGAGCACAUUUUGGGAAGUCGGAUUCAAAAGGGGAAGAAUGACAAUGGUUCUCUCUCUGUUAGAACUACAGAAAAGUCCGAGGAAAACAUGGGAAAUGAUGCUGAAUAUGGAACAUCUGAAAUGCCCUAUUCCGAACAACAUACACGUGCUCGGAUUCAAAAGGGGAAGAAUGACAAUGGUUCUCUCUCUGUUAGAACUACAGAAAAAUCUGAGGAAAACAUGGAAAAUGAUGCUGUAUAUGGAACAUCUGAAAUGCCCUAUUCCGAACAACAUACACGUGCUCACUUUCAAGUUAGGGAUUGUGCUUUUGUUUCAGAAGAAAAAAAUUUUGACUCACCGAGAGGAAUACGUAAAGUAUUGCCACUACAUGUUUUGUAUAAUGCUCAUCAAUCUGGGGUCAAUUGUCUCUAUGUUUCAAAUAAAAAAAGUAUGGGAAUUUCUGGAAAUAGAUAUACGUACUAUGUUUUGAGUGGGGGUGAUGACCAAGCACUUAAUUGUGUUGUAUUUGAUUUGACAUUAAAAACCAAGUCCGAGACUUGUCAGGAUUCGUAUGAGACACAGAGCAGCACUCUGCCAGAGAUUGUCGAAUACUGCAACACUUGUCAAAUUCAGAACUCUUUGAUCAGAUUUCUUUCAGUUGAAAAAAUUGAGUCUGCUCACUGCUCUGCUGUGAAAGGUGUUUGGACAGAUGGAAUUUGGGUGUUUUCCACUGGUCUUGAUCAGCGCGUCAGGUGUUGGAUUCUUGACCAGCAUUUUAAAUUAGUUGAACAUGGUCAUAUAAUUGUAAGUGUGCCAGAGCCUGAGGCUAUUGAUGCCCAAGCCUGUGGCAGGAACUACUAUCAAAUUACAGUAGCUGGGAGAGGGAUGCAAAUGGUUGAGUUCUUUGCCUCUUCUUGACACAGAUGGUGUGUUUCACAUGUAAUUACUAAUGACUGCCAUGCCUUUGAACCACAAGUUGCGGGGAUAAUUGGAGGCAAUACUUGUGCAACAGAGUCCACAAUCACAGGAAAAGGAAAACUCAGCAGCAAUGCUGUUAUUCUGCUAGAGCAACUUCCAAGAGUAGAUUGAGUUGAGUGUCGGUUUGCUUUCAAAUAACAUUUUGUUUCUGACAAUGCAGCAGACCACCUCGAAAAGUUACGCAGAAGAGCACGAAAUAAUAGUCUGCAGUUGGAUAGACGCAUUGGUGACCGUAUGUAUUGAUGUUUCUAGGAGUUGACAGAUGAUGCUAGUCAAGGUUUUACGAAUCGAAAUUCAAGAUUGAGGAGGUCCUCGAGAAGAUGACGAGAUCUGUUUGUUUGUUUUUCCCCCUAAACCCUAAAAAAAAUUGAGUAGGAGAGAAUAUUACAACAGUAUGUUCUCUGCUUUUGUAUUUAUCAUAACAUCAUAGUAUAUGAUGUUGAUGUAUUGGCCCGCACAUCUACUAUCAAAGGGGGAGUUACUCGGAUGAACAGAAGUCGUCGUGUGGCACAAGGAUUGCCUAUUGUGUGUGGUAUGUGGAAACUGUCAUCGACUACAGCAGGUUAUGUUAAGACAGGAUUGAAUCCUCGUUUCAUUCACUGCGUAACUUAUGCUGCUAGCCACUGAUUUAAUGAAUUGAAUUCUACGCUCAAAACGCCCCAUUUGCAGAAAUUUUUUAGAAUUCAUCAUCAUUUUGGAAA